AUGACCCUAGAUCCGGGUACCGAUCCACUGCGGGGCGGCACCAUAACUGUUGACGGCAUUACCUUUAUUGUCCCCAAGAAUACAUUGGUGACUCUCCCGGCGGCUGUUGCUGCAUGGCCGGAGCUUUUCAAUGGUGAAACACCUAUCAUGCCCGGAACCCAAACAUACCAGGCGAUUGUCCAAGGAAAUCAUGCAGCGGAUAAAAACAUUGCAGGACUCGUCUAUCUCCAUCAGAACUUCUUGCGAGCGCUCCAGGGGUUCAUCACCGAGAUCAACCCUGUAAAUGGUCAUUUCAAGGUUGCAGGAGCGUUUAGCCCAGCCGGCCAGCUGGAGUGUGUGAUUAACGAUCCACUUGGCAUAUAUGGCCCUAAAUACACUGCCAAUCCUUUGUGGUCCGUUGAUCCAUCGAACCCGAGCAUUCACGCCGCGACUGGCUUCCCCAUGUGCAUCCCUCGAUCAGCAAAUGAUGAGCUUUGCCCAAUGAAGAAUCGCCCACUUGACGGCGCAGGGAGGCCAUUGACUCGAUUUACCUUUAGCGAUCCUGCAACCAUAGGACCAACCGAUCCUGACGCAAUGGUUAUGGCCCCUCUAAUGGUGGGCGACUACAUCACCUUCAGUGGACAACUGAUUGACAACCUCUUCGAAGUAAGCUCCCUGACAGCCGACAUUGGAUUCUAUACUGCCCCAGGUACGAAACCUGCAUUCAUCACAGUCGAAGAAGCCCAAUUCGGCAUUCGUUUCCCCGUGACCGGUGGUGAACUCCCCGAAACUCGUGCUGUGGCCUUCACCACCGAUCCAACGACUUCGGUGCAGUGGUAUGCUGAAGAGAGACAUCCUUGUACUGGCAACAUUACAGAACGCAAUUUGCAACUUGUCCAACCACAAACGGCUGCUCCACGUGGGCGCGUUCGAUUUCGAUUGGGAACCACGGAUCCUGGAGACUCUGUCCGGAACUUUGGUUUCAGAAUGACAAACGGCGUGAUUACGACGAAGAACAACUUGACUGGAGGACUCUUCAUUCAACCUAUAGGCGACUUUAUAUUCCCCGAGCAAGGAAUUUUGGGUGCUGAUCUUUCUCCACUAGCAUUUGAGACCAUGUCAUUCUUGACGCAGGGAUACGGCCCAUAUGUUCCUGGCAAUGUUCUCACGCCCCCUCCAGCAACGCCCGUCCUUGUUGGUCAGCUCUUUCCAUGGCCAGGACUAGGAGACGGACCUCUUGCUGUCAACUGCGCUACCGAACCGACUCCCACAGUGUCACCAACGCCAACCCCUACUCCUACACCGCCACCUGUCGACUUCAUCACCAUUAUCUCAGCAACUAAGCUGAAGAAUAGGGGUGGAGGCUUCAUCGUCGAAGUGCGUGCUAAGAGCGAUAACCCCGCAGCUAAGCUGAGCAUAUCGGUUUCUGCACUCGUACGACCGCUGAACAAUGCGCCUAUGGCAAGAGAUCCCGACGGCACUUUUUUCACAAAGGUGUUGACCAAGGGCCAACCCCUUGGUGUGACGGUCACAAGUGACUUUGGAGGGUCCUCGAGCACUGUUCCACUUUAG